AUGCUCCUCAGUUUAACAGAAUCUUAUGUCCAUUGUCUUGGGGCCACAGUAAGGUUCCAAAAUCUUGCUUUAGGCAAGGUUGAGAAAGCUCACAAUCCCCAUAAAUAUUGUUAAAAGAAGGAUACUAUUUCUCAUUUCAAUAAAAAUGACACUUGCCCUACUAAGUCAGAGAAAAUAAACAUCAAUUUGCUGGAAAAAUAUAGAUAGAUGAGUCAAGCAGACUCUGGUUUUAUUAGAAAAUUUGUACUUAAUGAGCUUGACACAGAACUUUUGGAUAAAUUUUAUAAGAUAUUUGAAGACAAGGCAACAUUUGUACCUCAAGAGGACGAGUUAGAAAACAAUAGGGAAUAAAAAGUUAUAGACGCAAACAGGAGAAUACAUAAAUUACUAGAUGAGAGUGAUAAAAUAUUGCCUAUUAAAGACAUAAUGGAUGAUCCGAUUAUAUUUGCUGCCUUUUCAGUUGCUGUAUCCUCAUAUAAUGUACUAAUUUAAGCUUUGAAUAAUAUAGGAGUCUUAUGUCAUGAGGUUGGGUGUUUUGGAUUAACUGAGCUAGGCCAUGGCUCUAAUGUAAAAGGUAUUGAAACAACUGCAACAUAUGACAAUUAAACUAGAGAAUAUGUCAUAAAUACGCCUCAUACGUCAUCGAUGAAAUUUUGGAUUGGUAAUGGUUCAAAAACUGCGACUAUAUCUGUCAUUUUUGCUUAGCUAUAUAUUAAUGACAGAUGCUAUGGUCCUCAUGCCUUCAUUACUCCACUGAGAGAUCCUCAGAGUUUUGAGCCAUUAAGCACUGUUACAAUUGGAGAUUGUGGAAGAAAGCUGUCGAUAGACACAAUUGAUAACGGAUUCUUUAUUUUUAAAAAUCAUAGGAUACCUAAAUCAAAUCUACUUAAUAGAUUUUCUGAUGUGAAUGAAAAAGGUGAAUUCAUUUCAAAUAUAAAAAAUGAUGAUAAGAGAUUUGCUUUGUAACUUGGGGCACUCUCUGGAGGAAGAAUUAGUCUUAUAGGAGGAAGUCAGGUAGGAUUGUAAUAAGCAUUAAAGAUAGCGUUAAGAUAUGCAGUUUUGAGGCAACAAUUUGGUCCACCCAAGAGUGAAAAGGAGGUUUCACUAAUAGAAUAUCCAUCACAUUAGUUUAGAUUAUUUAGCUAUGCAGCAUAAUCUAUAGCUAUAAUGAUUACAAGUUAAAAAUACUUGAGGAUGUAGUCUGAGAACUAAAAGGAGCUAUUUAAUGACAAAAAUCCUAAGAUUUCUGAGAUCCAUGCUGCAAGCUCUAUUUUGAAGGCUCUCUCUACUUGGACAUGCUAUUAAGGAAUCCAGGAAUGUAGAAGGGCUUGUGGAGGCUUAGGUUUUUCAUUCCAUGCCAAAUUUGGUAUACUAUUGAAUAAUAAUGAUGUCAAUCAAACUUGGGAAGGGGAUAAUAAUGUUCUUCUAUAACAAGCUGGGAAGUAUGUUCUUGACUAAAGAAUAAAAGUGUUGAAAGGUUAGGAAAUUUAAGAUGAUACUUUGCAGUUUUUGUCAGAUAAAUAUGUUUUAUAAACAAUGAGGCUAUCAAAAUCUGAGAUUGCUAAUCCUUAAAGCAUUUUAAGAUUAUUCUAAGUUAGAAUAUCCAUAGCAUUGAAUAAGGUAAUUAGAAAAUUAAAUGAACUAACAUAAAAAACCGAUUAAUAUCAAGCAUGGAACAUUUCUUAAGUAUUUGAAGUCAGGGAACUUGCAAUAAAUUAUGGGGAUUAUCUAAUUGUGAAAGAAUUCAAGGAAAAAUUAGAUAAAUUGCAAUUUAAUUAAGAUCAAAAUAGUACUACCUAACAAGAUACAAAAGAAUGCUUAACUUAUCUGUUUUAUCUUGAUGCAUAUACAAGGCUUUUAAAUGGAAAAUAGUAUUUGAUUAUUUCUGAUGAUAUAAAUAUGGAUGGUUAUCAAUUCCUUCAGGAUUAGAUACAUAACUGUCUGAUUAAAUUGAAGCCUCAUAUGAUUAGAGUCACCGACAUGUUUCCUCCUAAUGAUAAUUUAUUCAAUAAUAUUCUUGCUCCUUAAGAUGGUGAUUUGUAUAAAUCCGUACACGAAAAGAUUGUCUCUGAUCCUCAAGUUUACGAUAAAAUAGGUAUUUGGCAAGAAAUAAAAUAGUACAGAGAAUCAAAGCAAAAUUGA